GAACCUCCACACCCUGGAGACACUGUGAGUUAGCACCACCACCAGGAACUGGCUUUUCAGUGCUGUGCUUGUCUCCAAUCAGGCUGGAAUAAGUCUCCUUAUAAGCUUAACACUCCUCUGGAAUCCAGUGUCUCUUCAGCCUUCUGAGUCAGCCUGACAGGGACAGGCAGGACUGCUGUGUGGGCUCUGCUGCCAGUGUGACCUCACUCUCUCCAGUCCCCCCUCCUCGGUGCCAGCUAUGAGUUCCUGCAACUUCACACAUGCCACCUUUGUGCUUAUUGGUAUCCCAGGACUAGAGGAAGCCCAUUUCUGGAUCGGCUUCCCCCUGCUCGCAAUGUAUGCCGUGGCAGUGUUUGGAAACUGCAUCGUAGUCUUCAUCGUAAGGACAGAACGCAGUUUACACGCACCCAUGUAUCAGUUUCUCUGCAUGUUGGCAGCCAUUGACCUGGCCUUGUCUACAUCCACCAUGCCCAAGAUCCUUGCCUUCUUCUGGUUCAACUCCCAGGAAAUUACUUUUGAAGCCUGCCUUGCCCAAAUGUUCUUUAUUCAUGCUCUCUCAGCCAUCGAGUCCACCAUCCUGCUGGCCAUGGCCUUUGACCGUUAUGUGGCUAUCUGCCACCCAUUGCGCCAUGCUGCGGUGCUCAACAAUACAGUAACAGCCCAGAUUGGCGUGGUGGCCGUGGUCCGAGGAUCCCUCUUCUUUUUACCACUGCCUCUGCUCAUCAAGCGGCUGGCCUUCUGCCACUCCAAUAUGCUCUCACACUCCUAUUGUGUGCACCAGGAUGUGAUGAAGCUGGCCUACGCAGACACUUCACCCAAUGUGGUCUAUGGUCUUACUGCCAUCCUGCUGGUCAUGGGCGUGGAUGUUGUGUUCAUUUCCUUGUCCUAUUUUCUGAUUAUACGAACAGUUCUACAGCUACCUUCCAAGUCAGAGCGGGCCAAGGCCUUUGGGACGUGUGUGUCACACAUCAGCGUGGUGUUGGCCUUCUAUGUGCCACUCAUUGGCCUCUCAGUGGUGCAUCGCUUUGGAAACAGCCUGGAUCCCAUUGUGCAUGUUCUCAUGGGUGAUGUCUACUUGCUGCUGCCUCCUGUGAUCAACCCUAUCAUCUAUGGUGCCAAGACCAAAGAGAUCAGAACACGGGUGCUUGCCAUGUUCAAGAUCAGCUAUGACAAGAACCUUCAGUCUGUGGGAGGCAGUUGACCCUUCCCACUCUACUUCCUCUUAUCUUUAAUGGUUUGAUAUAACUUUCCUAACACUAACUUAAUUCCAGUUGCCCAUAAGCACAUAAGUGCUUUUCUCUGGUUUG